ACGGGCUUUGUGAAAAUGGCGGCGCCAGAGGUGCUGGAGUCAGACCUGCAAAGUGCCCAGGCACUUUUGAAAAACCUCCAGGAGCAGGUGAGCUCCCCUCUUGAUUCUCUGGCUAAAGCUAAAUUGCAUCUCUUGCUGUUUUGUUCAACUCAGGGUCUCAGCCUCUUGGAAGUAAAAGAUCAGCUGCUGCUCAUGUACCUUAUGGAUUUGAGCCAUCUCAUCCUGGAAAAAGCCUCGGGAGAGUCUCUUCAGGGACAUGCUGCAGUUUUGAGACUGGUGGAAAUUCGCACGGUUUUGGAAAAACUUCGUCCCUUGGACCAAAAACUGAAGUAUCAAAUUGACAAACUAGUCAAGACUGCAGUGACAGGCAGCCUUGGUGAGAAUGACCCACUCCGUUUCAAGCCUCAUCCCAGCAAUAUGAUGAGCAAGUUGACCUCUGAGGAUGAGGAGGAAGUUGAAGCAGAGGAAGGCCAGCCUGGAGCUUCGGGGAAGAAAUCUGCAAAUGGAGCAGUUAAGAAAUAUGUUCCACCACGCUUGGUUCCAGUGCAUUAUGAUGAAACAGAGGCUGAGCGGGAGAAGAAGCGCCUAGAACGAGCCAAGAGGCGGGCAUUGAGCAGCUCUGUCAUUCGUGAACUUAAGGAGCAGUACUCGGAUGCUCCAGAAGAAAUUCGUGAUGCUCGGAACCCCCAUGUUACUCGCCAGAGUCAGGAGGAUCAACACAGGAUUAACUAUGAGGAGAGCAUGAUGGUGCGUUUAAGUGUCAGUAAGCGAGAAAAAGGACGGCGAAAACGAGCAAAUGUCAUGAGCUCACAGCUGCAUUCCCUCACACACUUCAGUGACAUCAGUGCUUUGACAGGAGGAACUCCAAAUCUUGAUGAGGAUCAGAAUCCUAUUAAGCGGAAGAAGAUUCCUAAGAAGGGUCAAAAGAAAAAAGGUUUUCGGAGGCGGCGGUGAUUAUGGAUAUAUAUUAUGGAUAUAUGUAUAUAUAUAUAAAAUAUAUAUAUAUAUAUAUAUAUUUUUGGUCAUCCUGGGAUACUUCUAAUGUCACUGUAUUAUAGUUUUUUUUCCCCCUUGGAAUGAGUUAAUUGUUUCCUCUGGACAUGUGGAAAGAUCUUUAUUAAUAAAAUUGAUUUUACUUAUGAAUUGAA